AUGGCGAUGAAACUCCCGAAGCAAUACCACGAUGAUUCAGUGGCACUAGCAUUCGCCGAAGAGGUCGGUGCACCGCUACCCGUUGACUUUGAUUGGCGUUCUCGAUCGAUGGUGACUCCGGUGCGAGAUCAAGACAAAUGCAAUUCGUGUUGGGCGUUCGCUGCCGUGGCCGUGAUCGAAACAUUUUGGGCGAUCAAAACUGGCCAAAUGCAAGAUUUGUCAGAACAGGAGCUGAUCGAUUGCGAUAUCAACAGCGACGGAUGUCGAUAUGGCUAUCCGGCAACUGCCUAUUUGUAUGUUACUCGCUCGCUAGCCAGUAUUCAGUGUAAAGCUUUAUUUUGA